UUCCCGAUCAGAUUUCAAAUAAGUAGUGAACUUAUUUAUAUGGGUCUUACAACUGUAAACUAUUCUGUGAAGCUUAUUAAAAUAAACGAAAAAAAAUGUCAGAAGAUUCUGUCAACCAAACGGAAAUAACUAGAACUAGAACAAAACAAAAGCAUCUGGAUGAAUACUACGAUGAACACCUGGACGAAAUUUUACCUGAGAAUCAUCAUCGUGGUGACAUUGUAUCAUCAAAUCGAAUGCUAGCAUACUCUGAUGCUGUUAUGGCAACAUGCGCAACAUUUUUAGUCAUUCCUUUGAGAAAUUUAAAACACAAAGGCAAAGACCAAACAUUAUCGGACUUUAUUUUUUCAAUUAACAAAGAGUUUAUCAUGUUUUUUUUUGGAUUUUUAAUUGUUUUAACAAUAUGGGAGAAUAUGAACAUUCGAGCAAUUGUUAUCAAACGUGUAGACGAUUUUAUUUUGACCUUAGUUAUUUUUGAAAUGUUGGGAACCACAAUUCUUCCGUUUUCGUUGGCACUACAAGGACAUUAUCCUGAAGAGAAAGCCUCAAUCAUAAUAACAUGCUCUGUUUUAGGAGGUCUUCAAAUCAUAGAUAUCGGAUUGGUGUUAUAUGCCAUCCAUUCUCCGAAAAUGUUGCAUGUUGAUUUAAAAAGUUGGUCAAAAUCAGAUCUUAGAGAACUAAUCAUGAUAAUGAUUUUUAGACCAUUGAUUAGCAUUGUUUUACUAAUUAUCGCAGGAGCGCUUUGUUUGGUUCAUUAUGGAGCAUCUUGGGCAUGUAUUGGUUUAUUGACCCUAAUGCCUACUAUACGUAAGUUUUACUGGUAUUUACGUAGAAAAAUGAAUAAGUUUGAAAAGACCAAAAAAGAUGCUUUUAUGUUACAUUUUUCAAAAGGAAGCGUAUCAAAGGAACGCGUUGAAAUUAUGAGUGACGCCGCCGUUGCUAUUGUGGCGUGCAUUGUUAUUCUUGAUAUUACUGUGGAAGAGUUUCCAAAGAAAAAAGACGUUAAUGUAAAAGGGCUUAACUAUAUAUUAGACCACAUGAAAUCAGAAUUUUUUACGUUUCUUGGUACGUUUUGUUUGGUUUCUGCUCUUUGGUACAUUAACCACACAGUCAUUCAUUUAUUCAAAACUGUCAAUUCAAUAAUGUUGUACUUUCAAAAAACAUUCCUCGCGUUCUGUUGUCUUUGCCCUCUUGCAGGAAACAUGCUUUUAAAGUAUGCAAAAUUAGGAAAUCAUAAUUCUGUUAUUGCUAUAAGGUUUUCUGCACUAAUUGUAUUUUUUUCAAGUUUAGCAAACUUUUUUAUGUUGUUGUAUGGCUUGUUAUCUAAAACUAAAUACUUGCAUGAUUGGGCUUCAUGGGUCUACUUUACAACUAAUAAACGUCAACACUUCUACACUUUGGUUAAAGUGGUAAAUAUACCAUUUUGGUCGUUUAUUUGCACUCUAGGUACAUUUGGAUCUCCUUCUGCAGCCCCAUACGUGUUAUACGUAACAGUUUGUGCAGUACCUUGUUCAUUUUUUGUUUCAAAACUUAUUCUUAUGAAUCACGUGGGUAAAACUGCAAACUAUUUGAAAAAUACAAUAAUACGUAAGUUAACAUCCAAAAAAGUGAAAUCCAAAAAACCAAACGCGAAUGAAAGUGUUUCUCUGAAUCAAACGAGUUCUUUGCAAAGUCAUACCCUUAAAAUUGAGGGCAAUUAAUUGAAAAAAACAUGCAAUUAUCAAUUAUAAUAUACUUUUUUAAAAAUAAUUUUUAUAUUAUUUGUAUAAAUGUAUUUGACUCAAGUUUCGAAUUUUUAUUCAAUAUAAUCUCCUUUUAGAUUUUUUCAUUUUUAUUUCCUUCUUUUUUUAUAUGUAGCUUUUUCAACACCUGAAAGUUUGACCUUGAAGAAGAUAUUCAGCUAAGUUUAAAUUACUUGUGUACGUACUUUAUAUUUUAUCUGAGUUCUUUAAAACGCAUACCAAGUUUCAUAACAUAUUUUGUAAUCUGCCCAGUUUCAAAUCUUUAUGAGUUCACUUUUUAUCUAAA